AAAGGGGAGACAAGCAUAAUGUAAUGAGCAGAGUGCAUCGCUACAAGGGUGUGGUUCUGAUUAAAAAUAACAUAGCCUGCCUGGACGCUGUCUGAGUUUACAGCAAGUGGAUAAAGGAUUUCGAUAUAAUCAACUGAUACCAUGUAUACAGCGAGCUCCGGUUCUGGCAACGCUUCCCUUCACUGUUCCAUGUCUUCAUCGGCGGAUUUCUCGGACGAAGAUGAUUAUAGUCUUAAAUCUGGGUCGGUCUCACCGGCACCGGGGGACACGUUACCCUGGAACCUACCAAGACACGAGCGACAUAAGCGACAAAUUCAGGGAGGAUCCGUUUUGGAUCCAGCAGAGAGAGCUGUGCUCAGGAUUGCAGAUGAAAGAGACAGAGUGCAGAAAAAGACUUUUACAAAAUGGAUAAACCAACAUCUCCUGAAGGUCCGGAAGCAUGUUAAUGACCUGUAUGAAGACCUACGAGAUGGACAUAACCUGAUCUCACUGCUGGAGGUCCUGACUGGCCAGUCAUUGCCUCGGGAGAAAGGGAGGAUGCGGUUCCACAGACUCCAGAAUGUACAGAUAGCUCUGGACUUCUUAAAGAGGCGACAGGUCAAGCUGGUUAACAUCAGGAAUGAUGACAUCACAGACGGGAAUCCCAAACUGACGCUGGGAUUGAUAUGGACCAUAAUUCUGCACUUUCAGAUCUCUGAGAUCCAUGUUUGCGGGGAGUCGGAGGACAUGACAGCCAAGGAGCGUCUGCUGAUGUGGUCCCAGCAGAUGACAGAGGGCUACGUGGGCGUACGCUGUGACAACUUCACCUCCUCCUGGAGGGACGGGAGGCUUUUCAACGCUAUCAUUCACAAAUACAGGCCUGACCUGGUGGAUAUGGCCAGAGUGUCGGCCCAGACUAGCCGGUCAAACUUAGAACAGGCCUUUGGUGUGGCUGAACGGCUUGGGGUGGCCAGACUACUGGACCCUGAGGAUGUGGAUGUGCAGACUCCCGAUGAGAAGUCAGUCAUCACAUACGUCUCCACUCUGUAUGAUGUCUUCCCUAAAGUACCUGAUGGUGUCGACGGUAUCAAUGCAAAUGAUGUUGAUAUAAAAUGGGUAGAGUACCAGAACAUGGUGAAUUACCUGAGCCAGUGGCUCAAACACAAUGUGGCAGUGAUGUCAGACAGAGCGUUCCCUAACAACCCAGUGGAACUCAAGGCACUUUAUACACAGUACUUGCAGUUCAAAGAGAAUGAAAUCCCGCUGAAGGAAACCGAGAAGAGCAAAAUCAAGCAUCUUUACAAAAUGCUUGAGGUGUGGAUCGAGUUUGGUCGUAUCCAGCUUCCUCAGGGAUAUCACCCCAACGAUGUGGAGAAGGAAUGGGGCAAGCUGAUCGUGGCCAUGCUGGAGAGAGAGAAGAGCCUGAGGCCUGAGGUGGAUAGGCUUGAAAUGUUGCAGCAGAUUGCCACCAGGGUCCAGCGGGACUGUGUCAAUGGAGAGGACAAACUAGAAUUAGCAAGAGCAGCUCUGCAGUCUGAUGCUAAGAGGCUAGAGUCUGGGGUCCAGUUCCAGAAUGAGGCAGAGACCGCUGGGCACCUUGUGGAAUGUGAAAACCUGCUGAGACAGCAGGUGGUAGAUAUCCAGAUUCUACUGGAUGGGAAGUACUACUACUCCGAUCAGCUUGUUCAAAGGGUAUCCAAGCUCCGUGACGACCUGCUGAGCCUGAGGGCAGAGUGUUCCUCUGUGUACAGACAAGGACGCACCCUAACCCCCGAACAGACCACGAUGAUGAUCUCAGGCAUCACUCAGAGUCUCAACUCAGGCUUCUCCUCCUCCAACCUCAACUCUAGCCUCACCCCUGGAGGCCUGGGAACCCCCGGUUCCACCUUCACCUCCAUCCUUACCCCGGGCCUCACCCCUGCCCUGAGCCCCGCCAUGACCCCCGGCGGCAUGCAGCCCGGCUCGGUGCAGGCCUACAUGGGGGGCGGAGGAGUGGGUAUGGCCCCGGGAGACCUCCAGCACCUCAAACACAUGCAGAUCCGCAAGCCCCUGUGCAAGUCCUCGCUAGUGGACCCCAACAUGACCGAGGACGAGGUCAACAUAAACUUUGUGCAGGACCUGAUCAACUGGGUGGAGGAGAUGCAGGUGCAAUUGGAUCGUGGAGAUUGGGGAUCUGAUUUGCCAAGUGUGGAAACACAUUUAGAGAACCACAAAGGAGUUCACAGAGCCAUCGAAGAAUUUCAAAUGAGCCUUAAAGAAGCCAAACUUAGUGAGACUCAGAUGAACCAAAAACUAAGUUAUUCUGAGAAACUGGGAAAAUUGGAAACCCAGUAUGGGAAGUUACUAAACUGUUCGCGGGAGCGUCAGAAGAACCUGGAGAGCCUCCAUGACUUUGUUUCGCGGGCCACCAUGGAACUCAUCUGGCUCAAUGAGAAAGAGGAGGAGGAGGUCGCUUUUGACUGGAGCGAUCUCAACGGCAACAUCUCUAAGAAGAGACAGUACCACUCUGAUCUGAUGAGAGAGUUGGAUGAAAAGGAGGAGGUGAUCAAGUCUGUACAGGACAGGGCAGAGAACCUUCUGCAGGAGAACCACCCUGCUAGGUUAACUCUUGAAGCAUACAAAGCAGCCAUGCAGACCCAGUGGAGUUGGAUCCUACAGCUCUGCUCUUGUGUGGAGCAGCACCUCAAAGACAACACAGUCUAUUUUGAGUUUUUCAAUAAUGCCAAAGAGUCCACGGAUUACCUGAAGAGCCUGCAAGGUGACAUCCAGAGAAAGUAUGGCUGUGAUCGGACAAGCAGUGUACACAAGCUGGAAGAUCACAUCCAGGAGUCCAUGGAUGAGAAGGAGCAGCUCCUCCAGUACCGCAGCACAGUGGCUGGGUUGGUGGGCAAGGCCAAGGCCAUCGUCCAGCUCAAGCCUAGGAACCCAGAUACCCCUAUCAGAUCCUCCAUACCCGUCAAAGCCAUCUGUGACUACCGACAAAUAGAGAUCACCAUCUAUAAGGAUGAUGAGUGUGUCCUGGCCAGUAACUCUCACCGGGCCAAGUGGAAGGUGAUUAGUCCGUCUGGGAACGAGGCUAUGGUUCCUUCUGUCUGCUUCACCGUGCCUCCACCCAACAAAGAGGCUGUGGACCAGGCCAGCAGAAUUGAACAGCUGUACCAGAAUGUCCUGGCUCUAUGGCACCACUCCCACAUCAAAAUGAAGAGCGUUGUCUCCUGGCACUACCUGAUGGCGGACGUCAGAGCCGUCCGUGACUGGAACGUGUCCUCAAUUAAGACCAUGUUGCCAGGCGAGCACCAGCAGGUCCUUAGCAACCUGCAAUCCCACUUUGAGGACUUCCUGGAGGACAGCAAGGAGUCAGAGGUGUUCACUGUGGCAGACUGUUCCCAGCUAGAAAGGGAGGUCCUGGCCUGCAAGGACUACUACGAGGAGCUGCUCAAGUCUGCAGAGAGAGAGGAACACGAGGAGUCUGUGUACAACCUGUAUAUCUCUGAGGUGCGUAACUUCCGCAUGCGUCUGGAGGCUCAGGAGGAGCACCUGAUCCGACAGAUCCGCACCCCACUUGACAGAGACGACCUGGAGCAGAGUGUCCUGCGCAUCACAGAGCAAGAGAAGAAGAAGGCAGAGCUGGAUCAGCUGAAGGAUGAUCUGGAGACCAUGAAGGAGAAGUGUGAGACGUUCUUCAGACAGGCCGGGGCCUCUCCCGCUGUCCCCACCCUGUCCUCUGACCUCAAUGUCCUCAUCCAGAGCAUGAGCCAAGUCUACUCCAUGUCCGCCAUCUACCUAGAGAAGCUGAAGACAGUGAGCAUGGUGGUGAGGCACAGCCAAAGUGCGGAGGCUCUAGUGAAGCUUUAUGAGGCCAAACUCUCUGAGGAAGACGCCGUGAACUCUGACCUGAAAUCCAUCGACACAGUCGUCAGCACACUCAAACAAUGGCGUUCAGAGAUCGACGAACAGAGGGAGAUCUUCCAUGACCUGGAGGAUGGGCUACAGAAGGCCCGUGGUAUCAGUGAACGCAUGUUCAAGGCUCACAACGAGCGGGACUUUGACCUGGACUGGCACAAGGAGAAGGCUGACCAGCUAGAAGAAAGGUGGAGCAACGUCCACUCUCAGUUUGAGAGCAGACUUCGGGACCUGGAGGGCAUCAGUAAAUCACUGAAGUACUACAAAGACUCCUACGGCAGUCUGGAUGAGUGGGUCAGAGAAAUGGAGGCGGCUCAGCUCAAGACCCAAGAGAAGCAGCCAGAGGACAGCAAAGCGCUCGCUGAGCUGGUAAACCAACAGAAGGUCCUCGUUGCAGAAAUGGAACAAAAGCAGAGCAGAAUUGAUGAAUGCCAAAAGUACUCAGAGCAGUACUCAUCUGGUGCUAAAGAUUAUGAGCUACAGCUGUUGACCUACAGAGCCAUGGUUGACUCCCAGCACAAGUCCCCGCUCAAGAGACGGAGGAUGCAGAACUCGGCUGAUGCCAUUGUUCAGGAGUUCAUGGACCUCCGAACUCGCUACACGGCCGUAGUCACCUCCAUGACGCAGUAUGUAAAGUUUGCCAGUGAGACAUUGAAGAGAGCAGAAGGCGAAGAGAGGUCUGUUGAUGAGGAGAAGAAAGAGCAUGGUGAUAAAGUAAGCAAGCUAUUGAGUUGGAUGUCCAGUGUGAAACCGGGCCAGAACAAAGAUGGUAAAGCCAGCACAGAGGCCUCUAGUAAGCCUCAGGUUUCAAUGGAGGAGAUGGUAACACAAAAAGAGAAAAUUGCAGAAGCCCUGAGGACUACACAGCUUAUGCUAAGUAAACACAGUGAUAAGAUGACCGAGGAAGAGAAGCUGGAAGCAAAGGAGCAGCUGAAAUCCCUCCAUCAAGCCUACAGUGAUCUCACCCAGCAGUGUUCUGAUCAGACACCGUCUGCCAAGCAGGACAUGGAGGAGAAACAGAAGGUGUUCUCAGACAAGCUGCAGGAGCUGUGUGACAACCUGACCAACACAGAGAACCGUCUGAUAGGCCACCAGCAGCAGACCAAGGGUGCAGCGAGUGUGGAAGACCUGCAGCAUGUGCAGCAAGAGCAUCAGGCCUUGCAGAAAGACAUCUUGACCAAUGGCAGUGCCUUGAAUGAGGUCAUCAGUAGCUCCAAGAAGUUCCUGGAUGAGAAUCGGUCUAAGCUGACCCCAGAUCAGAUCAUUGCCAUCGAGAGCAAGCUGGAAGACGCCAAGAGCAAGGUCAAACUUAUCAACCAACGGGCCGAGGAGUCAAGGAAAGACCUGGAGAAGUCUGUGACCACUGCUAUCAAACAGGAGACUGAGAAGGAGGCUGCGGUUGAGCAGCUUGAGGAGAGCAAGAACAAGAUUGAGGGUCUGCUGGACUGGAUCAACAACAUGGGGAAUGAGAAAGUGAUGGGGGGCGAACAGACAGACCAUAUGGGCAUACAGAACGGGAACAUGGCGUUGCAGUCGGAGACCUCGGCCAAGAACAUUCUGGGUGAGGAUGAUGACCCCAAUGGAAACAAUGGAAACGCUUUCCAGACUACAGACAACGACACUGAGGGACAGGCCACAGGGAAGACCCCAGAAUUGGACCUGGAAAAGCAGUAUGACAGAGUCAAGGCUCAUCACCAGGAGAUCUUAUCCCAGCAACAGGAGCUGAUCAUGGCCACCCAGUCAGCCCAGGCUCUGCUGGACCACCAGGCUCAUGCCUUGUCGCCCACGGAUAAGGACAAGCUCCAGAGGGACAUCCAGGAGCUGAAAGGACGUUACGACUCUUCCCUUACCCAGGCAGAACAGCAGAUGAAGCAGAUGGUCCAGGUUCAGGAGGAGCUGAAGAAGUUCCAGGGAGACUGUGAGGAGUUUGAGGGCUGGCUGCAGCAGGCCGAGGAGGAGGUGGAGGAGCUGGGAGCCCCUGCUGGAGCUCUCAACGACCUCACAGAGAAGCUCCGGAGACAGAAGAGCUUCUCUGAGGACGUCAUCUCCCACAAGGGAGACCUGCGGUUCAUCACCAUCUCAGGACAGAAGGUGUUGGACGUGGCGAAGGCCUGCGGACGCAUGGACCCUGGUGGGAAAGAUGCCCAGCUGGAGGUGGAUACCACUGCAACCUGUGCUGCUGUGAAGGAGAAGCUGGACUCAGCUGCUGGUCGCUUCAAAGCCCUACACUCUCAGUGCAAUGAUCUUGGCAACAAUCUCAGAGACGUGGUGGACAAGUACAAGAAGUAUGAGGACUCGGCUGCUGGUCUCCUGAAGUGGCUCAACAACUCAGAGGAGGACGCCAGAAGGCAACAGUCUGAGGCCAUCGCUGCCGACCCUCAAACCCUACAGAAACAGCUGGAGGACACCAAGGGUCUGCAGGGUCAGACUACUGGUCGUCAGACUGCUGUGGAGACACUCCGCAAAACAGCUGACUCUCUGGUCACCGCCCAGGGGGACUUGUUGACCAAUCAGGACCAUAUCCAUGAAACAGUAGAUGAUAUUGUGGAGAGGUAUGACAACCUGUCUAAGUCAGUGAGUGAUCGUAAUGAGAAGCUUCAGAUCACCCUGACCCGCUCCCUGAGUGUCCAGGAUGGCCUGGAUGAGAUGAUGAGCUGGAUGGAGGGAGUAGAGGAGAGUGUGAAGGAGAAAGGACAAGUCCCUCUGGACUCAGCAGUCAUUGGAGAUGUGCUCAGCAAAGAGGCAGCUCUGGAGCAGGAUAUUUCCAGUCGCCAGAGCAGCAUCUCUGCCAUGAAGGCCAAGGUUAAGAAGUUUGUGGAGACAGCUGACCCCGCUGCAGCGGCUUUGCUGCAGUCCAAAAUGAACACCCUGUCUCAGCGCUUCUCUGACGCCUGUGACAAGCACAAACACAAGCAGGGCCAGCUGGAGCAGCUGAAGGACAAGGUGGAGGAGUUUGAGAAGACAACGGAGAAGGUGCAGCAGUUUGUGCUCAAGCGCUCUCAGGCCCUCUCUGAAACAGACGGACCAGGGAAAAACGUCAACGAGCUCUCGCAGCUCAUGCAGGAUACUAACACUGAGUUGGCCGAACAUGACAAGGAUGUGGAAAUGCUGCAGAUGCUGUCAAAGGAACUGGCCAAUAUGGGUCCAGAGGGAAGCAAGGCCCAGAUUCAGAGCAAGAUGGACAAACUCUCCGACACCUUCAAUGCCUUCAAAAACACUGUGAAAGAGAAAGAGGAGGAGGUGUCUUCCUGCCAGGACCAGCUGGGAGACUUCAGGGCUGCAGCCGGAGCUCUCAGGACGUGGCUGGAGGAGACGAUAGAGAAAGUCCCUGUGGUUCAGCCAACCAGCAGUGAGCAGAGUCUAGGAAAGGACCUGCAGAGAGUCAAUGCUCUAAUGGAGGAAUGGACAACCAAAGGUUCUGCUGUCCAAGAUAUAAAUAGCAAAGGAUCUGCACUAUGUAGCCUCAUCAGUGUUCUCACAUCUCCAGCCAAGACCAAGAUGUCGCAUAAGUCAGCUGUUACUAACAGUGAUGGCCCCGGAAACCAUGCCUACCUAACUAAUAAAGAGCUGAUGGUGGUACAGCAAAACAUGUCGUAUAUCAACGAGGGCCACAAGAGUCUGGGAGAAGUGCUGAAGGGCCGGGCUACAGAGCUGUCUGUCCUGGUGCAGGAGGUGACAGAGGCCCAGAAGGAGACAGACACCAUGAUAACAUGGCUGCAGGAUAUGAAGAAGACAGCAGCAUCCUGGAACUCUGCGUCCACAGAGAAAGACACCAUGAAAACACAACUGGAGCAACAGAAGGCCUUUGAGGAAGACAUGAAACAAAAGCACGAGCAGCUCCAGAAGCUGAGAGAGAAGCUUCUCCAUCUGAUUGAGAAACACCCAGACUCUCCUGAAGCAGCAAAAUGGAAGCAGAUGCUGUCACAGAUAGAUACUGCCUGGGCGGAUGUGAGCGGGUCGGUGGAGGACAGGAAGCAGCGUCUGGAGGAGUCCAACAGGAACCUGGACGUUUUCCAGACCACUGAGCCGCAGCUCCGCCAGUGGCUCUCAGAGAAGGAUAUGAUGCUCAGUGUCCUGGGGCCCCUCUCCAUGGACCCCAACAUGCUCAACACACAGAAGCAGCAAGUCCAGAUCCUCCUGAACGAGUUUGACAGCCGUAAGCCACAGUUUGACCAGCUUCACGAGGCUGCUGCUGCUAUCCUGAGCACAUCGGGCAAGCAAGACCCCUCCUCUGGUGGGAAGGUGGUGAAGGAUCAACUGGCCGCCGUCACCCAGAAAUGGCAGGGCCUGACUGGGCAGCUGGGCCAGAGAGCCGGCCUCAUCGACCAGGCCGUGGGGAAGUCAAGCCAGUUCCAGGAUCUGCUGAUGAGCCUGAGCCAGAGCGCCGCCUCACUGGAGACCCGGCUCAACAGCCAGCAGGCCCUUAGCAGUCAGCCUGACGUGGUGAAGAAGCAGCUGGAGGAGGCUAAUACCAUCUCUGGCCAGCUGAGUGAGGAGAGGAAGAGGCUAAAAGAGGCUGAGACCCUCUGCUCUGAGCUUUCUGCCCUGGUCACGGAGGACUACCUGAAAGCAGGCCUAGACAGGCAGCUGGAGGGGGUCAACAAGCCUUUCAAACAGUUGGAGGACAAAGCAGGGAAGCGGAUCCAGCAACUGAACUCCGCAUUCGCAAGCUCCCAGCAGUUCCACCAGGCCUCCAAAGACUUCCAGGGGUGGAUGACCGGGAAGCUCCAGGAGCAGUCUAAACCCCAGGCCAUCUCGGCCCAGGUGGAGACCCUUCGGCAGAGCCUGAAAGAACAGAGUGCCCUGCAGAAGGCCCUCAGUGAACACGAGGAACCAUACAGUACCAUUGUCAGGGAGGGAGAGACCCUCCUCCAGAACACUGACGGGGCAGAGAAGGUGGCGAUGCAGGGCCAGCUGGCUACACUGCGCUCCAACUGGGACGAUGUGAAGAAGAGCUCGGCUGAGCGCCAGGAUAAGCUCCAGGGGGCGCUGCAGAGGGCCCAGAAGUAUCACGAGCACGCUGAGAAGCUCCAGUCCUGGGUCCAGGAGUGUGAAGUCAGGGAGGGCAUCGUCAGGCUCAGCGUGGACCCAGCGGAGGUGGAGAGCUCCAUCUCCCAGCUAAAGGCCAUCCAGAAGGAUGUGGACAAACACAGAGGCCUGGUGGAGCAGCUGAACACUGCAGCUGACAGCCUCUUGGAGGUGGCCAACGCAGACACGGAGGCCGUUAGGGAGGAGAAGGCGGCCAUCGGGCAGAGCGUGGACCGGGUCACGGAUGGGGUCCAGAACAAGAGAGAGUCUCUGGAGAAGAUCUCACAGAGGCUGAAAGAGUUCAACGACACCCACAAUGAGGCCAAGGGCCAGCUGGCAGGGGCUAAGAAGCAGCUAGAUGCCCACACAUCACUGGGGGUCCAGGCCUACAGCAACAAGAACCUGACCAACAUGAAGGCCCAGCAGAAGAGCCUGGAUGGAGUCAACACCCAGGUUGAGCACCUGAAGAGCCUUGCCCAGGGCCUGGUGGCUGAUGUCCCCGAGGCAGACGGGGUGACCGACCUCCUACUGCAGGCCGACAGCCUGGAGAAAGAGCACGGCUCCCUCAGCAAGGAUGUAGGGGAGACCUGCUCCACCUUGGAGGGCAAGCUGCAGGGCAUCGGGCAGUUCCAGACCAACAUCCGCGAGAUGUUCACCCGCUUCACAGACCUAGACGACGAGCUUGACAGCAUGGCUUCUGUGGGCCGUGACCUGAUCACCCUUAAGGAGCAGCAGGACGGUAUCAAGGGCUUUGUGGAGAAACUGCAGGGGCUGAUGGCCGACACGGCUCGGGGAGGGGACAGCUGUAAGAAGAUGCUGGAGACUGAGGCCUCCCCAGACCUGCUGGGGCUGAAGAGAGACCUGGAUGGUCUGAGUAAGCAGUGUGGCAAGCUGAUGGACAGAGCUAAAGGGAGAGGGGAAGAGGUGGGGAGCACACUUACCCGUCUGGAUGAGCUUUACUCCAAGCUACAGCAGUUCACCAACACACUGGGCAGGGCUGAGGUCAAGGAGGAAGGUCAAGGGUCAGUUGGCAUGGAGACUGAUGUCAUCAACCAACAGCUGGAAGCUUUCAAGGUAUUCCAGAAAGAGGUUGAUCCACUGCAGAGCCAGUUGCAAGACAUUAACUGGCUGGGCCAAGGCUUGAUCCAGAACGCUGACAAAGGCACCAGCACCAAGGGCCUUGAACAUGACCUGGAGGAUGUCAACACACGAUGGAACACUCUCAACAAAAAGAUUGCUGAGCGGUCAGUGCAGCUGCACGAGGCCCUGUUGCAUUGUGGGAGAUUCCAGGAUGCCCUGGAGUCCCUACUCAGCUGGCUGACGGACACAGAGGACCUGGUGUCCAAUCAGAAACCUCCGUCUGCCGAGUUCAAAGUUGUCAAGGCACAGAUCCAGGAGCAGAUACUCCUCCAGAGGCUGCUGGAUGACCGCAGGCCCACGGUGGAGCUGAUUAAGAAGGAGGGAGGGAAGGUUGCGGAGCUGGGAGCAGAGUCCGUGGACAAGGAGAAGGUGGGGAAGGAGAUUGAGUGCCUGGGGCAGAGGUGGGACGCUCUGCUGAAGAAGGCUGAGAACAGGCACAAACAGCUGAAGAGCAUUCUGGUUGUGGCACAGCAGUUCCAUGAGACACUGGAGCCGCUGUCUGAGUGGCUCUCUGCCACAGAGAAACACUUGGCCAAAGCUGAACCUAUUGGCACACAGACCUCCAAGCUGGAAGAGCAGAUCUCCCAGCACAAGGUAUUAGAGGAGGAGAUAACGGGUCACUGUAAAGACCUGGUUCAGGCCGUCAACCUGGGUCAGAUGCUGAAACUAGUCAGCUCAGUGGACGAUAAGGAGCUGGUGCAGUCUAAGCUGGACUCCAGCCAGGCUAGUUAUGUAGAGCUGCAGGAGCGUUGUAGGAGGAAGGCUGAGAUGCUGCAGCAGGCUCUGGCCAACGCCCAGCUCUUUGGAGAAGACGAGGUGGCCCUCAUGAACUGGCUCAACGAAGUACACACUAGGCUGAGCGAAGUGUCCGUCAAAGACUACAAGACGGACGUGCUGGAAAAGCAGUGUGCAGAACAGCUGGCCCUACAUGAAGACAUUGAGUUGAGGAAGCAGAAUGUUGAUCAAGCCAUUUCUAAUGGAUUGGAACUGCUGAAACAAACAACAGGUGAUGAGGUGGUUGUCAUCCAAGGCAAGUUGGACGGGAUAAAGAUGAGAUACGCUGAGAUCAACUCCAUGAGUGGUAACGUGUCUCAGACCCUGAACCAGGCCCUGACCCUGGCCUCCAAGCUCCAGCACACACACGAAGACCUCAGCUCCUGGCUGGAGAAUGUCGAGGCUGAGCUCACUGCCUUCGCUGCUCAGGCACCUGUAGGAGAGCAGCUUGUUCAGGCACAAGACAGGCAGAAGGCAUUGCUGCAAGAGGCCAGAGAUCACAAGCCCCAGGUGGACAAACUCAACGAGGUGAGCAGCUCUCUACUGGAGCUGGUCCCUUGGAGGGCUCGGGAGGGCCUGGACAAGAUAGUGACAGAGGACAACAAUCGCUACAAGGCCACCAGCGACACCAUCGCACAUCACGCGGAGCAGAUAGACGCCGCUAUACUGAAAUCACAGCAGUUUGAACAAGCAGCUGACACUGAGCUAGCCUGGCUGACUGAAGCAGAGAGGAAGAUGUUGUCAUUGGGGGAGAUCAGGCUGGAACAGGACCAGACCACUGUCCAGCUCCAGUCCCAGAAGGGCUUCUCUAUGGACAUCAUGAGACACAAGGAUGCCGUGGAUGGAAUUGUGAAAACAGGCGAGGCCAUCAUGAACAGCAAGGACGAGGAGGAAAAGCAAGCCUUGAAGGCCAAGAUCCAGGCCCUCCUGGAGAAGUAUGUUGUUGUCAGUCAGCUGAACUCUGAGCGCUGCCUGCAGCUGGAGCGAGCCCAGUCUCUGGCUGGCCAGUUCUGGGAGACUUACGAGGAGCUGUGGCCCUGGCUUCAGGAGACCCGCACCAGUUUCAGCCAGCUCCCAUUGGCGUCCAUCGAGUACGAAGCUCUCCGACAGCAGCAGGAGGAGCUCAGGCAAAUGCGAGAGCUGAUUGCUGAGCACAAGCCCUACAUCGACAAGAUGAACAAGACAGGUCCCCAGCUACUGGAGCUGAGUCCUGUGGCGGGGGUCGCUAUCAGGGAGAAGUACACAGCCACAGACCUGCUGUACGCCCAGCUCAAGGCUGACGUCAAACAGAGGGCCUUCACUCUGGAUGAGGCCGUCUCCAAAUCCACACAGUUCCAUGACAAGAUCGAGCCCAUGCUAGAGUCCCUGGAACGGAUCGCUGAGCGCCUGCGUCAGCCUCCCUCCAUUUCUGUGGAGGUGGAGAAGAUCAGGGAGCAGAUCACAGAGAACAAGGUUGUGUCUGCGGACCUGGAGAAACUGCAGCCGUCCUACGACACGCUCAAGCAGCGCGGCGAAGAGAUGAUUGCUCGCUCAGCGGGAGCUGACAAGGACAUAUCUGCUAAAGCUGUGCAAGACAAGCUGGACCGGAUGGUGUUCACCUGGAAUGAGAUCCAUGCCCUGAUGGAGGAGAGGGAGGCCAAGCUGCUGGAUGUCAUGGACCUGGCAGACAAGUUCUGGUGUGACCACUGUGCCCUCAUCGUUACCAUCAAGGACACCCAGGACCUGCUGAGGGAGCUGGAGGAGCCUGGAGUCGACCCUUCUGUGGUGAAACAGCAGCAGGAGUAUCUGGAGAGCUUCAAGGAGGAGAUUGACGGCCUACAGGAGGAGCUUGAUGUGGUGCGGAACCUGGGGGCGGAGCUUAUGGCUGCUUGUGGUGAACCAGAUAAGCCAGUCACAAAGAAGAGUAUUGAUGAGGUGAACUUGGCGUGGGAGACUCUGAACAAGGCAUGGAAGGAGAGAGUGGACAGACUGGAUGAGGCCAUGCAAGCUGCUGUACAGUUCCAGGAUGGCCUGCAGGGUAUGUUUGACUGGGUGGACAUUGUGGAGCACAAACUGGGUUCUAUGUCACCUGUGGGCACAGACCUGGACACUGUCAAGCAACAGAUAGAAGAACUCAAGGAGUUCAAAGGUGAGGCGUAUCAGCUGCAGAUGGAGAUGGAGCGACUGAACCACCAGGCGGGCCUGCUGCUGAAGAAGGUGACGGAGGAGUACGACCGUUGUGCCAUCCAGGAGCCCAUGACCGAGCUCAAAAUGCUCUGGGACAACCUGGAUGAAAAGAUCAUCAACAGACAGCACAAACUGGAAGGAGCUCUAUUGGCUCUGGGGCAGUUCCAGCAUGCGCUGGACGAGCUUCUGGCCUGGAUGAGCAACACUGAAGAGCUGCUCAACGAACAGAGGAAGGCUGUAGGAGACCCCAAGGCCAUUGAGAUCAAGCUCGCCAAGCACCACGUCCUCCAGAAUGAUGUAUUGGCCCAUAAGACGACGGUGGAGGCGGUCAACAAGGCCGGUACUGACCUGGUGGAGUCCACCUCUGGGGAGGAAGCCGCCGGCCUGCAGAACAAACUGGAGAACCUCACCCAGCGCUGGAAGAACAUCCUGGAGAAGACAGAGCAGAGGAGGCAGCAACUGGACAGUGCUCUGCUUCAGGCCCAAGGUUUCCAUGGCGAGAUGGAAGACAUGCAGCAGUGGCUGAAAGACACAGAGCGUCAGCUGUUAGCAUCAAAGGCUGUGGGAGGCUUACCAGACACGGCCCGCGAGCAGCUUAAUGCCCAUCUGGAGUUAUGUUCCACAAUGGAGGCCAAGGAGGAGCUGUACCAGCAGCUGAUGAACAAAGGUCAGCAGCUGCUCACCAUGACCCCCUCCGGCCAGGACAGCAACACAGAGCAGGACCUCCGUAACCUACAGGACAAGUGGGAGUCUGUGCAGGCCAAGGUGGCUGAGAGAAAGGUGAAACUGGAAGAGGCUUUGGCUCUGGCCACAGAGUUCCAUAACUCUCUCCAGGACUUCAUCAGCUGGUUGACCCAAGCUGAACAGACUCUCACUAUGUCCUCUCCUGCCUCCGUCAUCCUGGAAACCAUCCUGUUUCAGAUAGACGAGCACAAGGUGUUUGUGACAGAGGUCAACUCCCACAGGCAGCAGAUCAUUGAGCUGGAUAAGACAGGGACACACCUGAAGUACUUCAGCCAGAAGCAGGACGUGGUGCUGAUCAAGAACCUGCUGAUAAGUGUACAGGGCCGCUGGGAGAAGGUGGUGCAGAGGUCUGUGGAGAGGGGCCGUCUGCUGGACGACACCAGGAAGAGGGCCAAACAGUUCCACGAAACCUGGAACAAGCUGACAGAAUGGUUGGAUGAUUCGGAGAAGGCUUUGGACUCUGAGCUGGAAAUCGCCAACGAUCCUGACAAGAUCAAGACGCAGCUGGCCCAGCACAAGGAGUUCCAGAAGGUUCUGGGGAGCAAGCACUCAGUGUAUGACACCACCAGUCGUACCGGACGCGCCCUGAAGGAUAAGACAUCACUGCAGGACGACAACCAGAAGCUGGACGACAUGCUGAGUGAACUGAGGGACAAGUGGGACACUGUCUGUGGCAAGUCAGUCGAGAGGCAGAACAAACUGGAAGAGGCGUUGCUGUUCUCUGGUCAGUUUACUGAUGCCCUGCAGGCCCUGAUUGACUGGCUGUACAGAGUGGAGCCUCAGAUGGCCGAGGACCAGCCAGUACAUGGAGAUAUAGACCUUGUGCUCAAUCUCAUCGACAGUCACAAGGUGUUCCAGAAGGAGUUGGGUAAGCGGACGGGGAGCGUUGCAGCCCUGAAGCGUUCGGCAAAGGACCUGAUUGAGAGCAGCCAUGAAGACUCCUCCUGGGUCAAAGCUCAGAUGCAGGAGCUGAGCGCUCGCUGGGAGACAGUUUGCGCUCGCUCAGUAUCUAAACAGACCCGGCUGGAACAGGCACUGAGUCAGGCUGAGGAGUUCCACUCUACAGUCCAUAUGCUGCUGGAGUGGCUGGCCGAGGCCGAGCAGAGCCUGCGUUUCCAUGGCACCCUGCCCGACGACGAGGAGGCCCUAGGGGCUCUUAUCGAGCAGCACAAGGAGUUCAUGAAGAAACAGGAGGAGAAGAGAGUGGGCCUGAACAAAGCCACCAGUAUGGGGGAGGCUAUCUUGACCAUCUGCCACCCAGACUCUAUCACCACCAUCAAACACUGGAACACCAUCAUUAAAGCCCGGUUCGAGGAGGUCCAGGCGUGGGCGCGACAGCACCAGCAGCGCCUGGCCAUGGCCCUCGGUGAUCUGCUGGCCACGAAGGAGCUGCUGGAGGGUCUUUUGGGCUGGCUGCAGUGGGCUGAGACCACACUCAAUGACAAGGACAAGGAGGUCAUCCCUCAAGAGAUAGACGAGGUCAAAGCCCUCAUCGCUGAACACCAGACAUUCAUGGAGGAAAUGACCCGGAAGCAACCAGAUGUUGACAAGGUCACGAAGACACACAAGAGAAAGGCUGUGGUCGGGAGCGAGCCUGCCAGCCAGUCCCAUAUCCCUGUCCUGGAGAAAGGAAGAGGUGGAAGAAAGCGUUCUCCCACACAAGCCAUGUACCCUUCUUCACAGCCUCCCAUAGAGACCAAGAACCCCAGGGUCAACCUAUUGGUCAGCAAGUGGCAGCAGGUGUGGCUACUGGCCCUGGACAGGAGGAGGAAACUCAAUGAUGCCAUGGACAGACUUGAGGAGCUGAAGGAAUUUGCCAACUUCGACUUUGAUGUGUGGCGAAAGCGCUACAUGCGAUGGAUGAACCAUAAGAAGUCCCGUGUCAUGGACUUCUUCAGACGCAUUGACAAGGACCAGGAUGGAAAGGUCACCAGACAGGAAUUCAUAGAAGGCAUCCUCUCCUCCAAAUUCCCCACCAGUCGGCUGGAGAUGAGUGCGGUGGCAGACAUAUUUGACCGGGAUGGUGACGGCUAUAUUGACUACUAUGAGUUUGUGGCUGCCCUUCACCCAAACAAAGAGGCAUACAAACCCCUCACAGAUGCAGACAAAAUUGAAGAUGAGGUUACACGCCAAGUGGCAAAAUGCAAGUGUCCUAAACGAUUCCAAGUUGAGCAAAUUGGUGCCAACAAAUACAGGUUCUACCUUGGAAAUCAGUUUGGUCUGGUUCACUGCUUACAUGACGAUGAGAUUAUAACAAGCAGGGACAGUCAAAAUCUAACACCCCACCUACACGUUGCGGUUUUGGAAAGCUGUAUUCUGUUCGGAGACUCCCAGCAGCUGCGUCUGGUACGGAUCCUACGGAGUACUGUGAUGGUGCGCGUUGGUGGAGGCUGGAUGGCUCUGGAUGAGUUCCUGGUAAAGAACGAUCCGUGUCGAGUUCAUCACCACGGGAGUAAAAUGUUACGCUCGGAAUCAAACUCUUCAAUUACUCAGUCUCCUAUAGGUUGGCAACAAAUCUCACACUUUCUCACCUUGCUCCAUGAACCCCCCAGUGCCAAAGGAAGGACAAACAUGGAGCUGCGAGAAAAGUUCAUUCUCCCAGAAGGCACCACUCAGGUGAUGGCCAGCUUCCGGUAUAGAGGUCGUAGGUCGCGGCCGUCGUCACGAGCUGCCUCUCCCAACCGGUCAAACUCUAACCAUAGCUGUCCGGCCCAGCAUAAUAACCCAGCCUUGACCAGCACACCCAAGACUCCCCAACACAUAACCCGCAAUUAUGAUAAGCCCUGGCUGACAAACAGCAAACCCUCCAGUCCUCUAAAAUCAUCAGACUCCUUUGAGAGCCAAGGUUCAUCCUCCGAGAGCAUCCCGAUACAGGGAAGCAAACUGCGGCUCCCUGGAUACUUGUCAGGAAAAGGGUUCCAGACGGGAGAAGAGCAGGGAACCCUGAUCAAUGCUGCUGUGAUGAAAGCACGGGGGCAGGCAAUAGGCUUUGAAUCGAGAAGACCCGGCAGCCGACCUGGAAGUAAAGCAGGUAGCCGAGGCAGCAGCCGGAGGGGAAGCGAUGCCUCAGACUUCGACAUCUCCGAUAUCGCAUCGGUGUGCUCCGAAACGUCAGAGAUGGUGGGUGACACCAGUCGGGCCACACCCCGCUCAUCGUCACGUCAACAGGGAGGCAAACCCUCCAAAAUCCCCACUCCUCAAAGGAGGUUGACCCCCAGCAAACUGGCCAAGACCUCCAAGAGAUAGUCAUUGGCCUUGAGACAACUAUGGGAGCCCCGUUGGCCCAAAGUGGCCCUCCUGGUUCCACAAGACAUAUGGAGACUGGAGACACUAGAACUGACACAAGAGACUGGUGUAUGUGUUAAUUAUUUAAAGUGUUGCGAAGAUGUUAAAUAUUCUGUUGAGAGAAAAAAUGGUUUAAUAUUAAGUGUGAAUGGAUUGUCAAUGGCCUUGUGUAUUUGUGUAUUUGUCUUAAUGUAUUUUAUUUUCUGUGAAUAAUAUUAUGAUCAUUUUAUUUUAUUGACGCUAAACCUGAAGAGGUACAAAAAACUGAAAGAAAAAAAAAACAUGGAAAAGACUACAUUGUAUGGUCGUUCUAACACUUUUACACACUAAUGAAUGGUAACGCACAGUAUUGUGCUCUGAGAGAGAUACUGAAUGUACUGUAAUUUCUGUAUGCUGACAUGCGUGUGACAAACGGUGUAUCACGUUACUCUGUGGGACACCAAUGAUCUAUUAUCUAUUUAAAGUGCAAUGAUGUACUGCCAAAAUAUGCAUUUAAAGGGCAAUACAAUAUACAUGUAGCCUACCACAUAGUAAACACUGCAAAUAAUAAUGUUCUGACAGAGAAGACUGUUGAAGGCAAGUUCACGCAGAAACCCCUCAAUAUCCAGGCUUUAAAAUACUUCAACUUUCCUUAGCACCUGCAGGUAAUACUGUUUUGUUUGGUCAACUUACAGCGAUGUGUGCCAUUUUACCUUGAAGAGGGGCCCCCCCCGGCGCCCUGAGUAGACAUUCUUUAGUGCAUCAUCAUGUCAGUGUAUGGUUCAUUUAGCUGGAGUGGAAAGGAUUACUGUAACCUUUUUGUAAUAAAUUUGCUUGCAGAAAGCUACCAUGGGAUACUGA